AUGGACGAAGAUGGCACCACGAUUUCUUGUCCCCGCAGCCUGUUGGAUAAAGUCGAUGAAAUCAGGAAGUUGGGCCUGGCGAGUACAAUCCCUUUGCCGCAAAUCGCCGUGGUGGGCGAUCAGUCGAGCGGGAAAUCUGCUCUGCUUGAGUAUAUUUCUGGGGUAACCUUCCCCAAAGACGCGGGCAUGUGUACAUGCUUCGUGACUCAAGUGAUGAUGCGCUCUGCCACUGAGUUUUCGGCUCGAGUUCUCGUCAAUGGGGAAGUUCACCCACAAUUAAAAGCACCUCAAUCCAGGGACGAUGUCGCCGCGGUCAUCGAAAAUGCCAAGGCACUGUUCAAGGGUACCAAAAAUCGAUCCAUUUAUGAUGAGAUCCUGACAGUCGAGUUGAAUGGACCCGAACUACCCAUGCUUACAUUGGUCGAUCUUCCGGGCUACGUCCACACCCAUGCCGUCGGCCAAUCUGAAACUAUCGUACAAGAGAUCGCAAAGCUUGUCGAGACAUAUAUAGCUGAGCCCCGAACCAUCGUUCUAGCAGUCAUCCCAGCCAAUCACGAUUUCGUAAACAACGUGGCUAUAAGUUAUAUCCGGAGAUUCGAUGAAGCGGGGAAAAGGACUCUGUGUGUUCUCACAAAACCUGAUCUGCUUGAUCGGGGAACCGAGGGUCCAGUAUUCGAAAUACUUUCUGGCAAACUUUGGCAUCUUUCGCGCGGAUACCACAUUAUUAAGAACAAAGGCUAUGAGGAUUGUCGGGCAGGUGAUCCUAGAGAAGGAACCUUGAAAAAGGAGUCUGCCUUUUUCGAGCGUCCCCCUUGGUCCAGUAUCCCUGUGACGCAAAGAGGAAUCCAGAGCUUGAUCGAAAAGCUGACUGACACGUUAACCGAUCAAGUCGAGAAGGAACUAUCCGGGAUUAGAAAGGACAUCAUUCAGCGCAAAGAGACCCUGUCGGCACAGUUGGAGGCGCUUGGACCUGCUAUCGCGACUGAUCUUGAAAAAUCUAUGUCAAUUCAAAGGAAUAUCAAUCAUGUAAUGCAACAGUUCAAGUACCUAGUCGACGGCCACUAUGGCGCAGGAGACUUUAGCGAGGAACACUACCUAAGAUCUCUAGUUCGGGAUUACAACGAGGCGUUUCAUAAGAAAAUCAUUGCGAUAACAAAUCAAGCAACGGAAUCAUUGGACGUCCGAAGUAUCAUGAGGGCCACUAGGGGUCGCGAGCUAAAAGGAAUGGUGCCACUCGAAGCAUUCGUAAUCCUUUGCAAGCGCGUCGUAGAACAAUGGUUGUCGGUAACUCAGGGACACAUCGCCAAAGUCUGCCAAAUCGCCAUGAAUACGCUUGCACAAGUGAUUGGACAACGCUGCGACCAGAUACUCGUCAAUUACUUUUCGGAACGAAUGAUGGAAUUCGUUCACCAACAGAAAAAAAUCAUGGAUCACGACGCUCACGAAGUAUUGGAUGACGAGAUAAACCAGCCCUCCACGCUCCAGGACACGGAUUUCGCAAAGAAAUGGGGUGUUGAGGGAAGCGCUGAGGAUGUUCAGAUGAGGACGAUCUUGAGAAGCUACUGCUUGACCGCUGCGAGCAGGUAUGUCGAUGCGAUAUGCCUCUACGUCGUCGAGAGGCGCCUGUUCAAAAACUGCGAUGAGCGAGGAAUCAAAUGGUUUACGAAUGAUCCUACUGCGCUGUCACGCUUCCGAGAACCACGACAAACUGCAAAGUUACGCGAGAGUUUGCCAGUACAGAUCCAACAAUUGGAGGCUGCAAUCGCGAGACUCUAA